ACACGAUUAAUUCUCCCCUCAAAAUCCUCGCAGAGUGUCGUUAAAAAUGAAGUCUACAUUGAUCUUACUUCUGAUACUUCUCUGUCAAACAAAACGUGGAUCGUUCGCUAAAUUAGAGUCGAAAGGUAAAGAAAUUAUUGAAACUUUUAAAGAGAAUCAAGCAGACAUGGACCAGCAGAGAAUCAUUCGAGUUCAUCGUGUUGCCGACCGCGAGUUCCCCGGAAACGACGACUCUGACGUAAAAAGCACCAUAAAGACCAUCCUGACUAAGCAGAUAGCCCUAUUAGGAAACCACGAGCUCGACAAGCUUCUCAAUGAUUUUCCUAACUUGAACAACCUCGUGCAACACGAGGCACAAUUGUACAAGGACUUGAUCGUGGUUCUGAAUGAAUUAGUUCGAGACGGAACCAUCACGCUGAAGAAUAUUAAUCUCGCCAUUAGCGAGAUCGAGGACGUUGAUGCGUCAUCGACGUCCGUUAAACCGGAGUUAAAACGUGACAACGGUCUGAGAAAUCUCGUUAAUGUGUUAGAAGAUUUGGAAGGAUCUGACUAUCAGCGAGUUAGUCAGAGCAACGAGAAGACGAAGAAUGUCACGCAAUCUUUGGACAAUGUUCUGAUACGGAUGCAGAAUCAUUUAACCUUCGUCAGAAGAGUGUUUGAAAGACUUUGCAGGAAGCACCAUUCCACUAGGGGUACUCUAUCGAACGUGAACAAUACUGGGAAGUUGGCAUCGUGGAAUCAACCCAAGAAAGUAUCCAUACUUUAA